AUGCCUCCCCUAGAAGGUCGCGUCCUGGUCGACCCCUCCACCGGCCAACACUACAUUGUCCCCUCCCAAGGAAUGUUCUACCCCCAGCCCUACGGCUACGCUCCGUACGCCCCAGGCGGCCACCCGCCGCCCCACUACGGUCACUACUAUGGACACCCGCAGCAAGGCUACAAUGGUCAAGCCGCCCCCGGCUACGCAAUGCCGCCUCAGUACGCGGGGGCCUCACCAAGGUACCCAGCGCACGCGACGCCUCCGACUUAUAGGCGCGACUCUACCCGCUCGUCGGCCGAAUUCUACCGCCAGAACCACCAGGAGCAGCCUCCAUUCAAUCGAAACUACAACACCCAAGGCAGCGGCACCUCCCUCGAGAAAUUCCAGGCCCACCAGGGGUGGUGGGCCCCAAGGAGGAGCCAGGGGUCUGUGCACGACCCAGAGACUCAGACGGAUGUCGAGAGUUCUCCUCGGCGUUCGCCUCGUCAGAGUAUGGCUACCUCGGACAACGAAGCCGCUAGAAGGGCUACUCAGAUCGAAGCCCCGCCCCCUCGAUUCGUCCCCCAGAAGGCCGUCCGUAUGGACUUUGACCUAACGAAGCCACUCCCUGAGGAGGAGGAACUGCGAGAAAGACGAGAACGAGAGAAAAAAGCGAAGCAAGAAGACGCUCAACGGCCCACCGCCUUCACGAUCUCGUUCGGGGACGAUGCUCCGAAAAGUGGGCCUCCAGCUGAACUAUCGCUACAAGAUGCAGCCAGGAAAAGCGGGCCUGGAAAGCGAAUUCUGGCCGGGCGGAAGGCGGCCGCGCCGCCAGCCGCCCCGCAGCCGCCGGAGGACACGAGCAAGCACUAUUUGCUGAAUAGGCUUUUGCAAGGCCCUCUUUCCUCGAAUGCUCAGCCGCUAUCCCCUGAAGAUACCCCACAACUUCAAGGACGACGUGAUAACGAUGCCGUCAGUGAGGCCGGGACUUUUGUGAUAGGUGCCGGAGAAUCAAAAGCCGCCGCCAUGAUGAAGACGCGCAUCGUCGGAGAUUCCUCAGAUUCUGAUGCUUCGGAGAGCUCUUCAGAAGAUGAGCAACCCCCACCG